AUGAAGAAAAGUCAACAUAAAAGGCUGGGACCCACGACUACACCCCCCAUUGGAGCAAAAAACAUAUUUACAUCCCCCGGAGGUGGAAGCCAGUUGCUCCUAGUUUACCAAGAUCAGCUAUCUCUGAGUUUCUUCCAUCUCUCGCAGAUCUUUGCUUUUCUCAUUCUAACACUUGUGGUUAGGGCAAGCCAUGUUGCUGCUUUACCUUUACCGCCUCAACAAGUUUACUGGAAUUCCGUCCUGCUGGGCACACCGAUGCCAAAAGCUCUCAGUGAACUUGUCCAACCUGGAUCAGCGAAGAACUUCGAUCGUUACGACAAACAUGCCGAGGAAAACGUUCAUAUCUUGUGUAACCACGGGGCACCCAGGCAACUCCUUAAAGACCAAUAUGCUACCGAAGACAAGCUUCUUGUCUUCUACAACCACGGCGCUCCCAAGCAACAACUCCUUAAAGGCCAACAUGCUGCCGAGGACAAGCUUCUCGUCUUCUACAACCACGGCGCCACCACCGCGGCCAAUCAACUCCUCCAUGACCAGACCCAAGUAGUUUUCUUCCUGGAGAAGUUUGGAAAUGGUGGACCCCGUGGGGUUCUAGUUGUAAGAAGAAUCCUAUAA